AUGCUUCCUCCGCAACAGAAAAAAGCUGCCAAAUUUGAUGAUGAAUUAGUCAUUGGUCUUCCACCACCACUUCCACAUCAUGACCCUUCAUUAAUUGUCAAAAGAAUGUUUGAAGGGGUGGAGGAAAUUGAAGAAGUAGAUGGUUUAGAAGGCCAUUUUUAUUUUUCAAAUGGUGUUGAUGAUCCUUCAAAGGUUCUAGGUUGGCAUCGUCGUGAAGCUAACACUCCUUGUGAUUAUUGGAAGGAAAUUUCCAAAGAUUGCAGUGUGACUGGAGAUUUGGUUCUUGAUAGUAGGAAAGUUCACAUUACAGGUGGUAGAAGGCGAGAUAUUGAAAAGGCUAUCCAAAGACUCGAAGUAUUGGAACAAAUCUAUGUACUUCGACCUGAUUUCAGACCAAAAAGAGUUUUGCUUGUACACUAUCCGCAACAAGAUGUUCAUUUCAAACUAUAUUUCCUUCCAUUGAAAAAUCAUGGAUAUUUUAGAAUGACAGUUAAAUCACAUGUGGAUCAAAAUGUAUAUUUGCUUAUACCUGCUAUUUUGGAUCCUGGGACUGGCAAAUUUCAAAUAAUCAAUUCACAAGAUUCCGAUCCUUUAAAUGUAAACACCAGUAACAAUAAUCAUAGUAAUGGAAAUAUAAAUAAUUUACAACAAUUAUCAAUCAAUCAAUUAGCCGUUCCCAAUUUUUUUCCAUCGUCAACAACUACAUUGCCGCCACCAGUAUUAUCAGCAAUGUCUGCAUCUCUUAAAGGAAAAAAUAAAGUUAUUCCAAAUAGCAAUGAUCAUCAAUCUCCUCCAAUAUUCUCAACUAAUAGAGACAUUUACAAUUGGCCACAAAUUCCAUUACCACGGGAACCUCUUUGGAAUAAUGACUUUAAUCAAAAUACUCCAUCACACUUUCCCACCUUACCAAAUAUAUCAUCGACGAAUCAAUUUAUUGACAACACCACCGAAAAAGAUUCGAACAAUGAUAAUAGUAAAAAACUAUCGAAUUGGGCUAUAGCUGAAUUGAGAAAACAACGCUCUCAAUAUACUGAAGCAACCACAAGUCAACCUCGCACUUCCUCUUCCACUGCCUCCUCCUAUGCUCUGGCCACUUCUGUUGGAACGAUUUCGUGGAAUUCUAAAACUCGAGAUGCUAAUUUUCCAGUUCCAAAAGAAUCUAGAAAACAUGCUGAUUUUUUCGAUGAAAAACCAUAUAGAGAAGAUAUGGAUUAUAAAACUAAAAGAAUUGUUUUACAAAAAAGUCCCUAUCCAGCCCAUUAUUUAAAUCGAUUAAAUACUACACCUGGAAAAAUGAUUAGAGACUAUAAUUUUGCUCAAAUGAAAGAAGCAUUAGUUGGAGGAAUGGAGCAUGUUCGAGCAUUUAAAGGUGAAAUUCGUUUUUCAGGAAGUGCUACUCACGAAGAAAUUCUUUAUAAUGGAUUUACUGAAGUACUUGGCAAUAAAGCGUACUAUGCUAAUCAAUAUUUUGAAAUUGAAGCAGAUGCUAGAAAUUCACCAUAUGGUGAAUAUACUUCUGUAACCAUGCAUAUUAAUAUGAGUUAUGUUUCAUUAGAAAAAGUUAUGCUGCAAUGGAAUCGUGUAGUAGAUGUUGAAUGGUCUGUUUUAAAUCGAAAAGCACUUCGGCAUGAUGUCAAACCAUUCAAUACAUUUAUUAAAAAAGCGUCGGUUAGCCCAACAACUCGUAUAAUUACGUUUGAAAAUGUGCCUGACUUCUUGGAAGUUAAACAAGUCAAAAACAUUACCGUCAACAAAUACAAAUUACAUUUUCCUUUCAUAGCUGAAGUUAAUCGUGUCGAAAUAUUACCUCUUAUUCCACAAAAAAACUCUAACAAAAUUCAGGGUAAAACCGGUUAUGGAACAUUGUAUUAUACUAUCGAGAUUUACAAUAGUAAUCAUAAAGAAAUGUUUUUGCAACAUCAAAAGCUUGCUACAGGAACAGUUGCAAGUUGGACAGUUUAUGAUAUUCUUGGUGAUGAUCCAACAUAUAUAAAUAUGGUUGAAUUCAUUAAAACCAUGCUAUUAUUGGUAGAGAGAUGUAAUAAAGUUGCGGAUGACAAAUUAAAAGAAUUGUUGGAUCAAUUCAAAAAAAAUCCUUAA